AUGGACCACAUGGUGAACGACCGUAAUUACUUCAGCAUGAUGCGGCGUCUGGAGCGGCCGGUUGAAGUAGUUGUAGCAAGUGGUGAAAAGCUGUUAGCGGAAUAUUCUGGCGAUGUUGUAGUGUACUCAGCGGUUGGAAAUAUGAGAAAGAAAUGUGAAGUAAAGAAUGUGCUGUACGUUCCCAACCUCAGCUGUAAUUUGUUCUCGGUGAAUCGUGUUGCGAGAGCGGGAAUGGAAGUCAGUUUCUUCGGCAAUAAAGCGAAAAUUACAAAAUAUGGCGCGGUGAUGGCUGCCGCGCAUUAUGAUGGAAAGCAGUAUGUGUUAGACGUUAUGGGCCCAGGAACGAUUCCCGUUCUCCAUCUUAGUGGGAUGUUAUCGCCGUCGACGUUAUCGCAGUGA